GAGAGAGAGUGCCGGUGGUGGUGGUGGCUGGGAGCGUGGCGGUGCUGGCGCUGGUGGUGGUGGGGCUCUCCUCACUCUUCCUCUGCAACAGGCGACACUCUGGUGGCAAAGGAGACACAGAGGUAUAGAGAUCGGCGACCAGCCUGAGCACACCAAGUGUCUGUUCUUACGCGACCAACAUGUUGGCGGAGGUGGAGCAAUAUGUCGGCGGAGGUGGAGCAAGAUUGUCGGCGGAGAUGGAGCAAGAUUGUCGGCGGAGAUGGAGCAAGAUUGUCGGCGGAGAUGGAGCAAGAUGUCGGCGGAGGUGGAGCAAGAUGUCGGCGGAGAUGGAACAAGAUGUCGGCGGAGGUGGAGCAAGAUGUCGGCGGAGGUGGAGCAAGAUGUCGGCGGAGAUGGAACAAGAUGACGGCGGAGGUGGAGCAAGAUGUCGGCGGAGGUGGAGCAAGAUGUCGGCGGAGAUGGAACAAGAUGUCGGCGGAGGUGGAGCAAGAUGUCGGGAGACGUGGAGCAAGAUGUCAGCAGAGGUAAAGAGAGAUUUAUAAAUUAAAACUAAACUACUCUUAUUUUGUCCUGUUUGUGGACAGAAGUUUUCCCCAUGACAGCAGUAGGCCUGUCUCCCCUCACUCCUCAAGACUGGAAAAAAAAACAAAUCUAAAAUUAGGUUUAUAUAACUAAUGCUUGAUUUGCUUGUUUUCUAAAAAUUAUUGUUAAUUGAUAAGAAAUAAAUUCAUAUUAAGAUGACCUAUUAUAGACCGAUUUUUAAGUUGCAGGUGAUGUAUAGAGACUAAAAUGUUGGUGCUGUUCACACUAUUAAUUCCUUCCUCCCCAUUAUUUCUCCCGCGCUGCCUAAACCCUUAAUAAAGUCUCCAGUUACUCCAUGAUGACGCCCAGACAUUAUUUAGUUCCUUUGUAAAUACUGUACAGUUACUUUUACGUUUGCACAUUUUGAUGUUAAAUUUGCUAUAUAUAUAUA